AUGGGCUACGACACUUCAACAGCAAUUCUCUGGCGCCAGGCUGGAGCUGCACAGUGCCAGGGGAAUACUUGCAAGGGGCACAGCUUCUUCGAUGUAUUUGCCCUGAAGCUUACCAGAUGGGACGCCAUAUACUUCACGCAGAUAGCCGAGCGCGGUUAUGUAUACGAGCAGGAGUGGGCUUUUGGCUGGGCCUACACUGUGGCUGUCGGUUCUCUAGCUCAGGGUUUGUGA